AUGCCGUUGCCUGCCCCCGAAGUUGAUUUUUCCCCCAGGGCAGGCUUCGAGGGCCGGACAGCAUACCAGUUGAUAUCUAAGCUCUUGGAUCUCAGUAGUGGGCAUCAACAAGACAUAUUGCGACCUCGCAUUUCCCAGUAUUCGUUUGAACGGAUUUUGAAUCCGCGCCUGGAUCGUUCUGCCCGCAUGAUGGCCGUCUUGCGUCAUGCCAAAUUUCGCAGAUUCGUCCAUCUGUACUGCACUACAAAAUACGGCGAAAAAAACUUCUCGUGGUCCUUGAUAUGUGAUAUCAUUAACAGCAAAUUGGACAUGAUUUGGUUGCCCAAGUUGGAGGAAUUUCUAGACUUUGGUGCAGCCAUCUUUCAAGAAAACAUGACAUUUCCAUCGGCAAGUGGUUGGGAGAAAAUCAUGGGCGCUGAGGGCCAACCACAUGAGUCAUUGCUUCUUCUAUUCUUUCCUAGCGGGGAAAUUUACUACGAUGAAACCGGCAAGAAUUACACAGACAAACAGAAUUAUAACCUUGUUUUGAAAUAUGAGAAAUACAAUAAACUAAACGAUGAGGCAUCGGCAUUGAUUGGCGACCCUGGCUUUCGGUACCGACGCUCAGGGUUCCUGACAAAGCUUUCAGACAAGGCUUACGUGCAGGUAAAUAAAUACGUCUUCAAGAGAUCCACGUUGAGUGAGGGAGGCACACGACCUUGGCAAGGCGGAAUCACCGAUAGCGAGUAUGCAAGGCGUUCACGUGUCUUGAUUGAAAAUAUCUGGAACGAAGUUGCUAUAAGGGAUUAUUGGAAGGAAAACUCAAUCCUGCUGAAACAGCUCAAAAACUUUCCAAUUGGAGUUCCACGGCCUAGCAACAAGACCGAGGUGGAAAAUUACAUGGACAGAUUCAAUUACGAUAAUUGGUCUCAUCUAGUGAAGAUGGUCAUUGAACACGCCGGUCCCUGUCUUGCUGGACCUACGGAUCGGUUCAACGACAUGAUUGAUGGUAAGGGCCAAGGGUUUUCACCAUCUCCUCGCCACGAAAGAUUCGUCGACGACCUAUUCAGCCAAAACAACCGUGCAAGUCAGCUAGGAACCGUGUUGAACAACAUAGUGUCUCGAAACAAAUUAGCAAAGCGAUUAAAAGUCUCCGAAGAAAUGUGGUUUUACUGUGAACUCAAAAGCACGAUGCUUAACAACGUUAAAUUCGGGAUGCGUAGCAAAUAUUCGACGAAGGAGGAACAGAUCAACAUCAUUAAGUCAACUAAAUUGUACAAUGUAGGGAAGGACAAUUUAUUGGGGAUUGCGUACAUACUACACGAGAACGGAAUUGAAGUUGAUGUUGAUAACCUCCAUGAGGAUAUUUCGAAAUUCGACACCUCAUCUGACCAUGAUCCGGAAAAAUCGCGUAAAAUGAGGUUCCAAUCAGCAAAGCUCCGUACUACUCGAUUUUCAGGCGACACAGUGACCACGGAGUCACGGACCCCUUCCCCAUAUAGCUGCGCUAGGCCUAAACGGAAACCCAGACGAGCCAUGGCACGUCUGGGUUUCCGUUUAGGCCUAGAGUCAUGUAUAGUGGUGAACUAG